UUUGAUCAUUUCGUUUGUUACCCUACAGGUUACUCGGCUGCAGCGCUUCUCGCGAUUUUUUUCUGCAUUCCUUUCGCGCUGAGGGUGCUUAUUCACAAGGAGACAGGUCGAUGGAGCAAUUGGGCGCAAGCUUUUUAUCACGCUCAUCUCGAGCUGUUCCUCGGAAACGGUUGUUUAGGGGUCGGAGUGAUGAUGCUCCUAGCAUUGACCGUGGAGCGUUACGUUAGCGUUUGUCGACCCGGUCAACACACCCGGCCGCUCUGUGGCCCUCCGCAUUUAACGGCGGUGCUCAUCCCUCUGGCAACGUUCCUGAUCUAUCUGCCAAGCGCGUUCCGGGGUGAAAUUACAACUUGUCUCCUGGCACCCGGCGGUCCCGUCAUCUAUCAAAAAAGAGAGAAUCAAUCGUACCUCGAUUCCACCUUCUAUCAAGUGACGCAUAUUUCAAAUAUUUCAAUCUACUCUACCGAUGAAGUUCGAAAUUUGAUUCUGAUCCACCAGAUACAGUUUCACUAA